UGAAGCAGCAGCGGUGGUAUUGCCCCUGGGGCACAGAUGAUGUGGACACUGUUGGCUGCCCUCUUCCCACUUGCCGACUGCCCCACCAACCUUCUGAGUGAUAUUCAGAAUGGCUUGCAGAACUCAGCUCUCUCUGCAGCCUAUGCACUAUGAGGAAGACGGUCCGUGACCACCUGGUGGACACCCUGGAGGACUUGGAGGAGGCUGAUCUGAAGAAGUUUAAGCACAAACUCCAUGACAUCCAUGUUAAGAAGGGCCACGAAAACAUUCCUUAUAGGAGGCUGCAGGACGCAGAUGUCCAGGAUCUUAGCAGUUUGCUGCUCAACUACUACAAGGAGGAUUAUGCCAAGCAACUGACAGCCAGAGUGCUGAAAGCCAUCAACUGCAAGCACCAGGCAGAGAAACUCCUCAAAGACAUCGAAAACAGAGCUAGCAGUCCUGUUCAGACCACUGUGUCACCUCCCAGUGCCACCUCAAGAAGAAAUGGACUCACGUCUAAGUCCGUCAAGGCAUCUGAACCCCUCAGCUCAUCUUUGGUCAACCCUUGUGGCAACUUCCCACCAGCCGUGCCUAGAUCUUCUACUAAAUCCUCUGCUUCCAAGUCCCCCACACCAAAGUCCGUGACUUCAAAAAUCUCAGCAUCUAAAGCAGCGGCUUCUAAAGCAACGUCAGCUUCCAAGUCUUCAGCCACAACUGGCCUUCUAAAAAGGCCAGGUGAAGUGGCCACCUCAGGUGGCAGAUUAGCAGAGGCAGCAGAUUGUCCAUGGGUGGCCCCUGUCAAACCACAACCCUGUUUGUUCUGCCCCCUUUUUCAAACUUCACUUAGUAGCAGCACUCUAGCUGCUGCUGCCCUCACACUCCUCCUCUUCCUCCUCCUCCUCUUCCUCCUCCUCUGCUUUCCUUCUUUUGGCUUUUCAAAUGCCAAGGGAAGGAAGUGAAACAGGAAGCAGUUCUCCUCCACACUUCCAUUUUCUUCCUUUGACAUCUCAAAAGCCAGCAGUGGGAGAGUGGAAAAGGAAAGGAAGAACACUGGCUGCUGUGCUGCCACCAAGGGAGGUAACGGGGAGGGCCUGGGAACUCUGCCUGGGUGGGAAGCCCAGCGGUGGGUGGUGGUGGUGGGAGAUCAGGGCUGUGUGUGGGUGGGGGGAGAUUGGUGCUUGAUAUGCUCUGCACAUUGUGGGGAUAAAGGUGUGGGAGGCUGAGAUUGGAGAUGAGUGAGAUAUAGGGGAAGAUCAGUGUGCAAUGUACUUUAGAGAUGUGCACAAAACCGGCGGGGACCAGUUCAGUAGGGGGAGGAUAACAUUAAGGGUGGGGGAGGAUGCACUUCUCCCCCCACCCACCAUUUCCCACCCACCCACCAUUUCCCCCCCGCCCACCAUUCCCCCCACCACCACUGGUGCUCCAUUUUUUACAAGUCCAUCAAGGUGGCUGCGUACCUCCCUGCCACUCCAUUUGCCCCAUUGACCGUAAGUAACCAGAAGUAGCUGAUGCACCUGCAUGCAUCGGGCGCAAGCACAUGCAUCAUGUGCACUUGAAUGACAUGCACACGUGUGCCGACAUGCACACGUGUGCCGACAUGCACACGUGUGCCGACAUGCACACGUGUGCCGACAUGCAC